AUGGCGCUGCCCAGACCAGGGAGGCCGGCGGGUGUCCUGUCGUCUGUGACUCUGCAGCUGCUGCUCCAUGUGACAGCCGCCUAUUUUGUCUUCUACUUCCUCUUCACUCUCGGGUUAAUCAUCAAAAAGAGCUUGGUGCUGUCUUAUCCUUCCGAUGCUCUGGUGUGUGACAUCUUUCUGCUCUUCCUGCUGGCUGCUCUGGAGUUUCUCCAUUUCUACAGUGGUGUGAAGGGCAACCUGACAGAGAGCGAGACCUAUGUUUUUGGCAACCUGCUUUUGACGGGGGCAACCAUCCUGCUGACGGUCUACUUCCUUGUGUGGCAGAGCUACGUGAUGAGGGCGGAUGUAAUCAUCAGCAGCGUCUCACUCGGUCUCUAUGGUUUAGACGGAGUCCUGGCUUUCAGCACUUUAACCAGAUUUGCCAGGGUCCACUCAUGAAGAAGCCCAUGAAGAAGUCCUGUUGUUGUUGUUGUUUUUUACAUCGUAUCUCACAGUGUGUCUACUGUGAUUUCUUUUUGCAAGAAGAAAACCACAAAUUAACAGCAUCACUUGGAUUGUGUUGUAAAUACUUAUUUGGACUGUUGUGCCUAUUAUAAAAGUAAUAUAAGUUAAAAUGCAGGGAUAGAAAAAUAUGAGUUAAUCUGUGCUGAGAGGUUCUCAGGGAUUUUUUUUCAUAUUAAAUGUUUUUUUUUAUGUGUGUUCCUGUUUUGUACAGUAGAGGGCAGAGUUGCGUUGAUAAAGGUUUGAGUCUUCCCAGAUGAUUUUCCUUGGAAAAUAUUUUUGAAAUAAAUAAUAUAGGGGU